AUGGUGAAAGAAUGUUCAUAUUCAUCAUUAUUAACUUCUCUAAUUCAAAAUAUUGUCAAAAACUAUUUUGAAGACUCAUUACCAUUUUCAAUAGAACUUGUAAAUGCUGUGAUUCAUCAACGUAGAUUCAUAGAUGAUAUGGUUUUUAAUCAAUCUGUUAAUGAAUAUGCAAAUCAAUCAAAAGCGAUUAAUCGAUAUAAAAAAUUCCUUAUAUUAAUUAAAAGUAAUAGAAAAAAUUUAGUUCCAACAAAAGAUAUAGAUCUUUGUUGGCAUACACAUAUGCUCUACGCUCCUCAUUAUCGUUGUUUUACAAAAAAAUACUUGGGUAAAAUUAUGAAUUAUGAUAAUAAAAUAUCUGAAUCAAUUCUAUCUGAAAACUUUGAUGAAACAUCUAAUAUUUGGCGUGAAAAAUUCAAUGAAUCAUAUGAUGAUAAUACUCCUAUUAAAAUUCAAAGUAGGAAUUGGUAUCAAU